CAUUUUCAACGAAUAAAUCAUAAAUAUCAGAAGUUCGAAGCAUUAUAGCUCAAAAGACAGAGUUAUUGUUCUCGAGAUUAUUCACAGUAUGGUCUUUGAGUCGUAAUGUCUACCACCAGUCGACAAUUUUUUAGAUAUAUUACGGCAUUAGCCGUAUGUCAUGUUGCAUUUGCUGAUAAUGGUAAUGGGGUUGUAGUGACAGCAAGAUCCAACGAUGAUUGUCAGGUGACACCAGUUAUUCAUGUCCUUCAAUAUCCUGGUUGCGUGCCAAAACCUAUUCCUUCGUUUGCGUGUACUGGACGAUGCAGCAGCUACUUACAGGUUUCAGGUUCGAAAAUUUGGCAGAUGGAAAGAUCAUGUAUGUGUUGUCAAGAAAGUGGCGAACGAGAAGCAUCAGUAUCACUAUUUUGUCCUAAAGCCAAACAAGGCGAAAGAAAAUUUAGAAAGGUUACAACAAAGGCUCCACUAGAAUGUAUGUGUCGCCCUUGUACAGGCAUUGAAGAGAGUGCAGUGAUACCUCAAGAAAUGUCAAAUUAUGCCGCUGAUGAACCUCCAAUCAACGGACACUUUUCAAAAGCUGUUUAAGUAUUAGGUUUUGAUCUUACAUUGUUUCAGUUACUUUCAAAAAUAACACUUAUUAUUUUUCCUCCAACAACUUUUUUUUAACUAAUUUUUUUAUAUCACUAGAUUCAUAAUUUUUAUUUUUACCAAUAUUAACUCAUAAAAAUCUUUAAAGAUUGAUAAUUGUUAAAUUAAAGAUCAUUAUAAUAAUUAUAUCUAAUAACAAUAAUUUUCAAAUAAAUUUUUGAUUAUUUCUCA